AUGGCUGCUACUGACAGUAUCGUGUAUCAUGGAAACUGCCACUGUGGCCGCUACCGUUUUCAGGUCUCAACAGCAGAGAUCACAUCAGCCAUAUCCUGUUCCUGCAGUCUAUGUGUGAAGAAAGGAUACUUGUGGCUGAUUCCGGGGGAAGGGGCGUUUACAGUUCUGAGAGAUGAAGGCUACCUUGUAGAGUACCAAACAUCUACAUUGAAAGAUAAAUUCUGUAGCUACUGCGGAAGCGGAGUCGAGGGCGAGCAUCUGACGGGUCCGCUGCGAGGCAAAUUCUUGAUCAACAUCCGAACACUGAGAGAGCCAUAUGUUAAUCCAUUCAAGCUUGAAUCGGCAAUAACUGUCAUCGAGGCUGAAGGCGAUACACGAUCGAUUGAACCAGUUUCACAACAGCCCGACGAACCAGCUGCGAAAAGUCUGUUUAUAUGCCAUUGCGGUGAUGUCAGAGCUAUUUUAUUGAGCCCGAUAGAGGGUGAAGAACUAAAAGAGGACAACUGUAGUAAAUGUGUGAGGAUUGCAUACAUCGGCAUUUACCCUACGAAAGACAAUGUAAGAAUUCACGGCCGUGAUCGAGUUUUCGAAUAUCUUACGGGUGGAAAAUUCACGGGGUCGACGUACUGCAAAACUUGCGGUGUCCAUGUUUUUAGUAACAUUUAUGGCCCUCCCAUAAGCGUCUUUGACAAGCUCCCACCAGAGAGGAAAGAAAGGGCUUUGGCAGUCUAUCAUAAAAACAUGGCAAUGCAGCCUCUGAAUGUGCGAGCAAUAGAAGGCGUGAAGAUAGACACGUUUCAGCCACUGAUCAAGAGGGAAGACGAGGGAACUGAGGGAUAUGAGCUGGACUCUUGA